AUGUCAUACUACAGUAACAUUUCCAGGAUGUCGUUUGGGAGCGUGGCCGAAUAUUUCAACAUGCUGAAUCGACUUAUCGAUACGGCAACGUGGACGAGUGCGACCGAUGCUGCGAAACUGUUGGCGAUUAAUGGUGCUCAUAGUAGCCUUCCAUUUCUUCACAUUGAAGCGUAUGGAUCCCGGAAAAGUCGUUCAUAUAUUGACGAUGAAGCCUUCGAUCAAGUUGUGUGUUUGCACCUACAAGUAAUUUACCAUAUCAAUGUCUCCCACAACUACGAAGCUGCUUACACUACCCACACGCAGAUUAUGCAAACCUUCAACAAAGAAGUGUUGCAAAAGAAGAAGGAAGUGAAUUGGUUUAUGCCCAUUUUCCAUCAGCUAUGCCGUGAUCUUUUGAAUGUUGCCAAAAUGGCUGAUGAGUUGACCGAAAAGGACGACGAAGUCGAAAAUAUCUCAUCGUAUUACGAGCAGUCGGCCAACUACAUCAUGGAAGCAUAUAGGACUUGCACAUCUGAUGUAAGAGCAGAUCCGUCGACAACAAAGAAAAUUGCUAUUCUCAACAUGACAAAUCAGUUGUUUCGGAUCUAUUUUAAGAUUAACAAAUUGAAUUUGCUGAAACCAUUGAUUCGAGCUAUAGACAAUUCUGGAACGCUAUAUCAGUCAUUUUCCAUGGCUGAUAAGGUCACUUACAAUUAUUUUCUUGGUCGGAAGGCUAUGUUCGACGCAGAUUUGCCACUGGCCGAGAAAUCAUUAUCCUAUGCGUUUCGCAAUUGCCCUGCCGAAUGUCUUUCAAACAAACGACUGGUGCUUAUAUAUCUCAUUCCUGUCAAAAUGUUCCUUGGUCAUAUGCCUACUGCUCAGUUACUGCAUAAAUACCAAUUGGACGAGUUCCGUGACGUCGUGGAGGCAGUAAAAGAGGGAAACUUGGCAAAGUUGGACCAAGCACUGGAAGCAAAUGAGCACUUCUUUAUACAGUGCGGUAUCUUCUUGAUGCUAGAGAAGUUACGUUCGAUCACAUUCCGCACCCUGUUUAAGCGAAUAACGACGAUCAUCGGGGGAAAUCAAAUCCCUCUCAAAGCAUUCUAUAUUAUCAUACAGUAUCUUGGUGUAACCGACGUUGAUGAGGACGAGCUGGAGUGUAUUGUUGCGAAUCUCAUUGCGGAGAAGAAAAUCAAAGGAUAUAUUUCACAUCAACAUCAAAAGUUGGUCGUAAGUAAGAAGGAUCCGUUUCCUCCCCUCUCGUCUGUUUGA